AGCUCGACCCGGCAGGGCUUGUUUACUAUGGCUGAUGAUCUGGAGCAGCAGUGAGUUAAUCCUGUCUCUCUCUUUCUCUCUCUCUCUCUCUCUCUGGGCCAUGAUCCUGGGACUGUCUGGCUGAGGAAGAGUUUUAGACACCUUCUCGCCUUUCCUCGUUCAGGCCUCAAGGCUGGCUGAGUAGCUGGCUGCCCACUUGGCGCCCCACUUCCAUGUCUCAGCUAAAGAAUGUGGAAGCCAGGAUCCUCCAGUGUCUCCAGAACAAGUUCCUGGCCCGAUAUGUGUCCCUUCCCAACCAGAACAAGAUCUGGACAGUGACCGUGAGCCCUGAGCAGAAGGACCGCACCCCACUGGUGAUGGUGCACGGCUUCGGGGGUGGUGUGGGCCUCUGGAUUCUCAACAUGGACUCACUGAGUGCCCGCCGCACACUGCAUACCUUCGACCUGCUUGGCUUUGGGCGAAGCUCGAGGCCCACAUUCCCAAGGGACCCAGAGGGGGCUGAGGACGAGUUUGUGACCUCAAUAGAGACGUGGCGGGAGACCAUGGAGAUCCCCAGCAUGAUCCUCCUAGGGCACAGUCUGGGAGGAUUCUUGGCCACUUCUUACUCCAUUAAGUACCCUGAAAGAGUUAAACACCUCAUCCUGGUGGACCCGUGGGGCUUUCCCCUCCGACCGACUGAUCCCAGUGAGAUCCGUGCACCCCCAACCUGGGUCAAGGCCGUAGCAUCUGUCUUAGGGCGUUCCAAUCCACUGGCUGUUCUUCGAGUAGCUGGGCCCUGGGGGCCUGGCCUAGUGCAACGAUUCCGGCCAGAUUUCAAGCGCAAGUUUGCAGACUUCUUUGAAGAUGAUACCAUAUCAGAGUAUAUCUAUCACUGCAAUGCGCAGAAUCCCAGUGGUGAGACAGCAUUCAAAGCCAUGAUGGAGUCCUUCGGCUGGGCACGGCGCCCUAUGUUGGAGCGAAUUCAUUUGAUUCGAAAAGACGUGCCCAUCACCAUGAUCUAUGGGGCCAACACCUGGAUAGACACCAGCACAGGGAAAAAGGUGAAGAUGCAGCGGCCGGAUUCCUAUGUCCGAGACUUGGAGAUUGAGGGUGCAUCGCACCAUGUCUAUGCCGACCAGCCCCACAUCUUCAACGCUGUGGUGGAGGAGAUCUGCGACUCGGUCGACUGAGCUGCUCUCUCUAGACAGAGGAAGAGGAGGAAGCCAGCGAGUGACUCUCGCCUCUCUGUCCACUCACGCACCCCCUGUAUCCUUCCCUCACCAGCUAACAUGUGCCAGCCAGGCAGAGUCUUGGGCUGUCCCCAGGACAGGACCACAGUGAAAAAAAAUCACUCCUGAGUCCACACUAAGGGCUAGAGGCAGAAGCCAGAAGAGGCCUUGAGCCCCCCACCCAGGGGAAGAACAUGAAGGGAUGCACAGUGCCCCCCAUUCUCUCCAUGCCAAGUGUUCCCCGAGUGGUGGUGAAGGGAUUGCACCGAGCCACAUCUCUCCCUGUGCAGCCUUUCCUUCCUCCAGGCAAAGGAGGGCUCCCAGCAGCCUUUCCUAGCUUUGGAGUGUUUAUGGGGUUAGGUUCCGUGCAAGAACAUCUUCUCCAUCACCCGCACCCUCAUCCCGUGCCAGUUCCAUCCAGAUUCUGAUUGGGACCAGUCCUCACUUAACUACUAAGAGCAGGUCCUAGAGCUCCCUUCACCUGCAGGUCCCUUCUAUGACCUGAAAGCCUUCAUUGACAGAUGAGGGAACAGGGCAGGGCAGGACAUGGCUGGCCCAUGGUAACACAGCUCUGUGUGAUAUGAGUUACAGCAGAGCUAAGUCUAGAACCCAGUCCACUGACACUCAGUGCUAUUGCAGCCUUGAUUUGCCAAGGUUCGAGGCAGGCUCCAUUGCCAUGAGGUUAGUCCUGGUCACCAGCUGAGGCCCAUCCCUGCCCCACAUUCUAGCCCCAUUGUGCAGGGGUGCUGUAGUCCUUCCCUGUGUCUCAGUCCUGGCUGCCUAAGCUGGGAACAUUCAAGUGCUUCCUUACUUGCCCCCUUUUCCUACCAACUGGGAGGCCUCUGAGCCUCCCUCUGUGCCUUGGGCCCUGAAGCCCCAUAUAUAGUAUAGAGCAAAGGUGGCCCCUGGUGGAGAGUGGGGGAAUAGGCCCUUCAACCCCAGGGCCAGGUCUGGAUUCUCCAUGCCCACUAGUAUCCAUAUUUUUUUACCUGCCUACAGAGCUGAGGCCCUCCAUGAGCCCUUUCCCAUGGUCCAAUGGGAAGCCUCAAGCCAACAGUCCCCUGUCAUCAGCCACAUGAUGGUUCCCACUGCCUGACCCUCUAUCCCUGCCAUCUGUCCCCAUGGCCUCCAGCUCAUCCUGCCCCCCACCUACCUAUCAGCCCUCUCCCAGGGGCUGGGUCCAGGUGCUGCUCUCAGGUUCUGGGCAGUAGGCUGGGCCUAGCCCCAAACCAGGGCAGCUCUACCUGUUCCUGCAUUUUGUAAAGCCAAUGCUCUCACCAGAAUAGUAUUAACUCCUGGUGCUUUGUACUACUGGUCAAACUGCCUUGGGCUCGUUUUCUAUAUUAAUAAAAAAUUAGUAAAAGCUGCUAGCAGUGAUGACAUUCAGUGUUGCUCUGACAAGUGCUAGGUGGUACUGAAUUCACAACAGCCCAAGUGAUGCCCGAGUCAGAGGAGGGAGCCCUGAGGGGUUGCUGCUUACACACCACUCCAUCUCUGGCCCUCUGGACCCAGACCAGAGUCCACGUCAGCACAGGCCAUUGCAGCCAACCCACUCGUGACUGAUGAGGAGUUGAGAUCCAGAAUGUGGGUGGUCCAAGCCCCGAUUCACUGGAGAAGAAGGAGAAUUAGGCAGCACUGGGUCUUCCUGCAGCCCAUUACAUGCACCACUUCCUAUGCACAGGUGGGCCUGCAUGGGUACCACUCCCUGCAGCCUGCUCUAAUCCUACUCAUCCUCUGAGUCUCAGCUCAAAUACUCCUUAUGCAGAGAAUCCUCCCCUGACCCCUCAGAUUAGACUUGGACCCCCUGUUCUGUGUCUCCAUGGCACACCAACUACCCCUUUUGUAAAACUCAUAAACUUGUGGUUACUUA